AUGAAUCCCACCUUCCGAUCCCCCAACUCGCCUGGGCGUCAAGUACCUCCUGCCCCUCGAUACCCCCGACCUCCGUCUGAUGACGAAGAGGAAGACGACUCCGAUGAAGACGAAUUGGUUCGCCCCGGAUCCUCCGGUAGUGACGCCUCUUCUAAUGUGACCACCGUUUCCGCCGCUCCUAUCACUCCGAUCAAUACUCAACUACCCCCCGGGGGUUACUUCCCUCCACAACCACGAUCGGCCACUUCACCUCAUCACCCUAUGCCGAACCCAACAGCCCGAAGGGCCCUCCGGCCGGGGUCCUUCAGUCGAGCUACCCCGGCACCGAUCACGGCAUCACUCGCAGGGUUUCUUUGA